AUGGCGACAUGGAACGGAUUUCCACGAAGUGCCGACGUUUGGAAUGCAGAGUUUGCUAAAGUAUAUGCAAAUAUAGAUAGAAUUGUUGAAAGAGUUGUCUGUAACGGAAAAAAAAUUGCAGCUAUAUGUAUUGAAUUAGAUAACUUUCGAAAUAAAUUAGCAAAACUCACAGGAAAUCUCACACCAGAUCAAAUCAUUAAAUUAUUCGAAUUUUUAAAGUGUUGCGCCGCAUUCAUGGGUAUAAUUUCAGAUUAUCAGAAGCACAACUGGCUUAAAUUCUUUCUUAGUAAUGAUUUAAACAGACAAUUCAACGAUUUGGCAGAGUUAUGGACAGUGUGGUCCGAAGUUUCAAUGAGUUUUUGUUUUAAUUCUUUUGAUUCUACAGAUACUUUACCUCUAGCACAUUCAUUAGACUUAAUUUCAGAAUAUCAGAUACUUUCUAACAUGUUUAAUGCAAUACCUCCAAUGAUUAAGAAAACCGUUCUUGCAAAACUUGUCAAAAUACGCCAAAUCAUAGAAGUUAAGCAAAUAUCUCGCGAAAACUCUGAGACUAAUAAAGCAAUUCUUAGGCAUCGCGACUGGGAAAUUACAGAUGAAAACAUAGCUCAAGGUGGUUACGCUAUAGUACACCUUGCGAAGUUACGUGCUACUAAUGAGGAGCUUGCCAUUAAGGAACUGAAGCCAGCAAACCUCAAACCGCGCACAGUUGGUUAUUUGAAGCGAGAAAUCGAUUCAAUGCUCGCUUUAGACCAUCCAAACCUUCUUAAAUUAGCUGGUGUCACAAUUACAGCACCAUUUUGUAUUGCUACUGGUUUUCUUCCCAACGGAGAUCUUUAUGAAAUCUUGCAUGGUAAAAAUCAGAAGAUGAAAAAGCCAAUGCUGCUAUCUCAGAUCUCCAUUGAUGUUGCCCGUGGCUUAGAAUACGUUCAUGCUAACCAUAUGGUCCACAGAGACUUGAAACCACCGAAUAUCUUGAUGGACAAGAAUUGGCGAGCUGUUAUUUGCGAUUUCGGUCUUGCCAGAUACAUCGGACCCAACAUGACAUGCGAAUUAGGCACUGCCCAGUGGAUGGCUCCUGAAUUAUUUUCUGGAGACGGAUCAUAUGACACUUGUGUCGAUGUUUACGCUUACGGCAUUCUUUUAUGGGAGCUAUUUACACAACAGAUGCCUUAUACUCAGAUGAGACUUCUCCAAAUCGCUGUUGGCGUUUUGAAAGAAAAAAUGCGACCACAAUUUCCUCCAAACUCCGAUCCAAUAUACAAGAAUCUCAUUCAGAGCUGCUGGGCACACAAGAAAUCAGCUCGUCCCACCAUGAAAGACGUCAGAACCCUCUUAGAAACAGGCGAAUACGUUGUUCCUGGUACAAAUAAAGCAGAAUUUAAGAAAUGGAUUGAAGAAACAGCUCCUGUUCACAAAGCUGUCAUGGAAAGAUACUAUCGCGAGAAACAUGACAAGACAACAUUAGUCAAAGAUCUUCUUUCCGCUUCCGCAAUUGAUCCAAAAGUCCAAAACACGAUGCAACAGAUGAUUGAAGCAAAUAUCAUUGGAGAAGAUGUUUUAGACAAAGUUGUUUAUUUAAUAGAAAUGGCCAGUAACACUGUUGUCCAAGACUUAGCCAAACAAAUUAUCUUUUUAAUGAUAGAAAAGAAAGAAAUCUCCGCAGAUAGAUUGGCUUUGGCUUUGCUUAAAGUUUGGAAUAUUUAUCCUGAAUUUGUUGUUGAUUGCAUCAGAAAACUCGCUCCUAAUAUCACAAAACGUGAAGAAAUUCUCAAGCAAGUCUUAGUUAUGUCUCAACCUCCUGUAAUGGUUGACAUGGUCACUUUAAUCGCCACGGAACAACAUGUUGGCUUAGUCUUUAAAUAUCUUGACAAAGCACAUGUUAUUCCUGUUUUAUCAUCAUUUAUUGAGUCAUUUGGUCCAACAGCCGCGAUGCUUCCUGCUUCUGUUACAUCUAUCACAGCCAUUAUAUUGAUGUUGAGAUCUGUUCUUCAGAAGAAAAUGCUACAAUUGCUAGAUAUCCCUGCAACAGAACAAAUGGAAAAGAACAUCGUAAGUGUCACUCAAAAACUCAAUAACAAUACGUGGGCGAAUAACGACAAAGAUGCUAAUGAAUGCAUAAGAAUGUUAGCUCCAAUGAUGAGGAUUGCAGGUCCUGGAUUGGGAACUUUGGAUAUCUUGAAAUCAGGAGCUGUUUAUCCAAGAAUUGCUGAAGUAAUUUGUGGCUUGCAAUUGUGGAAUCCGAUUUUCGGAGCAUUUGCAACAAAUAACAAUGAACUUCUUCAAGCAUCAAUAGAGCUAAUACACGUAUUACCAUUAGCACCAGCCAUUUAUCAACAGGGUUGGCAGUUCAUGGUUUCAAACUACAAACAAACGAAAAACCAGUUUGUGUUGUCUUUCAUCAAAGAAGUUUUACAGAAAGAUCAACAAUUUGACGUCUCUUCUUUGAUCUGCGCUUUGUUUAACAGUGUCGGAGAGAAUACAAAGAAGGAUGUCGAAAUGAUACAGUUCAUCUUGUCCAUCAAUUUCGAACAACACAAUUUCCAAAUGACAAGAGAAUUUACUGACACUUUUGUAGCAUUAAUGAAAAGUGACGAUUACAAUGUUCCUGUUGGUCUUUCUAUUUUUGUUUUGCAGUAUAUCGAUCGAUGUGGAAUAUCCGGUUUAGAUGAUGAAAUAUUUGGUGCUUGUAUGUCAUUCCUUUAUAAUCGAAAACCUCCAUUUGAAGCUGCAGUUCCAAUUUUGCAAAUUUUGUUAGUUGCAACAAGUUCACAGGACCAUGCAGCUUUUCUGAUUAAGAAUGGAUUCGCUGACUAUCUCGCAGAGUUGCCUAUUCUUUAUCCAAAUGAACCAAAAGUAUCUUCAAUCCUUCCUCAAUUCGUUGAAGGAUUAAAGAAAUCAUGUAAGUGA